AUGGCUCGCCUGAGCUUCCUGCUGCUCGGCGCCCUCUCCGCGCUCAGCGGUUUCGCCAACGCCAGCUCCGCCGUCACGGACCUGAUCCCCAGCAACUUUGACCAGGUCGUCCUAAAGUCCGGCAAGCCCGCUCUCGUCGAAUUCUUCGCCCCCUGGUGCGGCCACUGCAAGACCCUUGCUCCCGUCUAUGAGGAGCUCGCCUCUGCCUUUGCUUUCGCCGAGGACAAGGUCACCGUCGCGAAGGUCGAUGCUGAUGAGCACCGUGAUUUGGGCAAGCGCUUCGGCGUUCAGGGCUUCCCUACCCUGAAGUGGUUCGAUGGCAAGAGUGACAAGCCUGAGGAGUACUCGGGUGGUCGUGAUCUGGAGAGCUUGUCCAAGUGGAUUACCGACAAGACUGGUAUUAAGCCGCGCGGUGCUCAGAAGGAGCCCAGCAAGAUCGAGUUCCUGAAUGACGCUACCUUCAAGACCACUGUUGGUGGCGACAAGAAUGUCCUGGUUGCUUUCACUGCGCCGUGGUGUGGCCACUGCAAGACCCUCGCUCCCGUCUGGGAAACCGUUGCCAAUGACUUCGCCCUCGAGUCCGACAUUGUGAUCGCCAAGGUCGACGCCGAAGCUGAGAAUGCCCGCGCCUUGGCCAAGGAGCAGGGCGUCACCGGCUACCCCACCAUCAAGUUCUUCCCCAAGGGUUCCACCGAGCCCGAGGCCUACUCCGGCGCCCGCUCCGAGGAGGCCUUCGUCGAGUUCCUGAACACCAAGACUGGCUCUAACCGCGCCGUUGGCGGUGGUCUGAAUAACAAGGCUGGCACCGUUGCCGUCCUGGACAAGCUGGUUGCCGAGUACGUGCCCGCUAAGAACUUCGAGAAGCUCGCUACCGAGAUCAAGAAGGCUGCCAAGGACCUGCAGGACAAGUACGCUCAGUACUACGUCAAGGUUGCCGACAAGCUCGCCGAGAACCAGGAGUAUGCCGCCAAGGAGCUGGCUCGUCUGGUCAAGGUCCUCAGCAAGGGUGGCUCUGCCCCUGAGAAACUUGAUGAUAUCGUUUCGCGCAGCAACAUCCUUCGUGGCUUUGCCGGAGAGACUGAGCCCAAGGAUGAGCUGUAA